AUGCGGCUUGGGAUACUUCUGCUCUUCUCUUCGCUGCAGAACUGUCUGCACUCUAUCGAUUUGCCGGACAUCCAAAGACCACCCGGCUCAGAACUAUUUUCAACCCUCUUGAACUUGCCUAGUUUGUUCAGCCCUUCCGUACCUAAGAAACAGUCCAUCCCACCAAGCUCAUCAACACAUUUCUCAUCGAUUCUGAAUUCCAUGGGAACACUCUGGUCUUCUGUGUUUCCUUGCGGAAGCAGAAAUCAGCCCAUCCGACCAAGCUCAGCACCAAAAACAAACCUUUUGAACUCCUUCGGAACAAUUUGGAAGUUUGUGUUUCCUUCCGAGACUAAAAAUCAAGAUCAAGAAACCUCGCCCAGCUCGGAAGAAGAAGAGUCCUCAGUCAUUCCGCAGCUAUACUUGCCUCCCAAAUCUACGAAAGAGAACAUCCCACCUAGCUCAAAACCAACGUCCACAACCCUCUGGAAAUCUUUGAAAGCAUUUGUAAAUUCCGUGAUUCCUUCCGAAACUACGAAGGAAACUAUUCCACCUAUCUCAACACCACCAUCGUCAAACGUUUUCGAAUCCAUCGGAAAAUUCUGGUCCUCCUUAACCCCGAAGAUGCAAGACCGAAGCUCUAGUUCUGCCGAUGAUAAGUCUCCAAUCGUCGAAGAAGGUGACAUGGAACGAUCGGAAUCGGAUUCGCACACCACGCAACAGCUAAUCCCAAGCCCCACAUCCGAGAAUUUGUCUCCCUCUGACCGUCCUGAAAAAACCAAUUCGACUGAAGAGGAAGGAUCCGGCUCAACACUUCUCGAUUCGGAUUUCAAUGCUUUGCUGGAAACCAAACUUUCAGAAAGCAGUGGAAGACCUCCAGAGACAACCAUCGGAGACGUACACCACGACUCAGCCUCUCCCGAGCUCAACCGAACCAUCGGAGACCACUACGCCAAUCCAAACCCCACUUCCGGAUAUUUGUCUUUGUCUGACCGUCCUCAAAACACAAUCGUCGAAGAAAAGGAAGAGCACAAAACGGAGGAAAAGCACGAAGCAAGCUCAACGGAACCAUCGGAGACCACCACGCCAAUCCGAACGGCCCAUACUCCGGGGGAAACCUGUGAUGGAGACUCCAUCUGCUACGUAGCGCCGAAAGACUGUACCACAAACUGCGAUGUCAUAUUCGCCCAAGUAUUGAAGGUGUCCGAGGAGUUCGAGAAUUCCACCGUAUAUGUACGGCAAGGAGGAGUCGUGAGCAUCAAAAGCACAAAAAAAUAUAUAGAAGGCGAACGGAGGCAGAUUCCAAAUCCCUUUCACACAAUAGUCUCGUGCUUCGAGUUCAGUGGUUAUUGUUGGAUGGGAUAUGAAGAUGGUCAAAUCAGCAAUGAUCGACCCAUUGGUUACAUCGGCUAUGGAAGUACUCCUGAAAGCCAUACUAAUCGGAGACAAGAGCCAAAGCACCAAAACUGGUGGUCUUUCGAACGUUCAUUUCACAAUCGUCCAAUUCUCCUUAUUGGCAAGGACAGGAUACUCGAGUAUCGCAUCGAUCUACACAGUGGCGCCAAUUAUGGACCAUUCCAUGACUUGUUCCUCAGAACGAAAAACACCUGCAAAUUCAUCUUCAUCUUGUCUUCUUUUCACGCGAUGAAUCUCAUCGUUAUUUUGCUGUUCUUCGGAACAUGUUCCAUGGCUCCAAUAGAUCUCUCAGUACAGGAAACAUCAGAGCUCCUUGCGAUGAUGGACAACAAGGGAAACUCGCAAACUUCACAACUUUCCACGAACAAUACGACUACCGUGGAAUCUAUCACUUUCAAUCCCAUCGACUUCUGCUCACCAAAAACCCAAUGCUUCUCCUGGCCACAACAAUGCACUUCGGAUUGUCAAAUACUCUACGGAUUGAAUAACUUCGAAGAUAUUUUCAUAGUCUUCCCAACCAAUUCCUUCGGAAUGAACGCCCGCCAUCUCGACGGAGGCCUUAUCCAAGUGAACUCUUCCGAAGCCUUCAGAGUUUCAGGAGAAAGACAAUUGACUAAGAAGGGCGGAAUUCUUUGGACCUUUGAAACUGUUGUAGUAAAGAAGGAAGGGAAAAAUAAAUUGUUUUGGCAGACAGCAACUAUUGGCGGCAUUGUUACAGUUUCAGCGACAAAACGCCAUUUCAAAAAUCGUAUUCUGCUUCUUUCAUACUUGUUGUUACUCCUUGUGUUUUAUGAGAACGAAUUAAAAAUUAGCCAAAUUUUGCUUUAUAGUGUCGCCGCUGUCAUGAACUACCUUGACCUUCUGUUUCUUUGUGUUUUAUUCUGGCCGCACGUUGUAUCGGAGGAGGCUGUGAAGCCUGACUCUACGAUCUCAAGCUCUCAACUCUCGACUGCGGAAUCUCAAGUCUCGAUCUCCUCAUCAGCUCCAUCCCAACCGACCACUACUGAAGAACCGAUUCUCUACACUAAACGUGAUAGGGACAUUGACGAACCGAAGGAAACGCCUAAGAUUUACUCGGAGGAAUACCUAAGAGCCCUUCUCAACGAACGCACUGAUCUCAACCCCGAUACACAAAUCUCGUUCCAUUCCGAUGAUGAGGAACAGGGCGUUGACCCGGAUGAAUUCUUAAAAGGGCUGAUGAGCCAAGGCCCAAGACCCACCGUCGAUAUGAAUUCUGAUCCGAAUGCCAGGGUCGAUGAGAGUGUUGCGUGGCUUCAGUCCAUGUACGAGCAGAAGAAGAAAACUUUUUUCAAUCCAACUAACCAACUUUGUAAUAACGGGUCGGUUUGUUAUGCUUUUCCGGAAGGUUGUGGUCAACAGUGCAAAGUUAUAUAUUCGAUUUCAUCAAACUCAUCUGCGAUAUACAUUAGAGAUCUCGAAUUUUCCAAUCAUAUUAUAUUGAUGUCCGGCAAGAACUAUUCCAUGCAGCCGGAAAAGUUUGUCUGCAUGAGAAACAACAAAAUUGGAUAUUAUAUUGAGGAUUUGAAGAAUGGAGGAAAGAAUAUGAAGGAGAGUAACCCAGGAGAGGUCUUGAAAUUGGAGUUGGGCCAUCUUUGGAAAUUCAACGAAAUCAUCUUGAAAGCGCAUGAGGGUUUUGACUACUACUACGAGGUUAAAGGAACAUACACCAACGUCAUCGAGGAAACCGAGAUGCUGUACAAAAAAGAAAACGGGUCGGAUGAAGGUGCCGGUGAAACUGAACAAGUCAAAAAAGAUCUCAAAGCCCCCGAUAAUUAA